AUGAGCUCAAACAAGCUUUCUGCUGUGUUGGAGAAGCAGAUUCACAGCCUUUGUCUGAAUGACUUUCCCUGUGGAUACGGCACCUGGAGAAAGACCAAAGACAGUCCAGAGGGAGCAGAGACAGAGGACACAGACGCCCUCCUGGAUCUGCUGAGCUGCCCUCACUCUCCAUGGCAACAUGAUGCAUCAUGGAGCCCUCAAGCUCCGGCCCUGAGACAACUGGCUGUGCUCACUCCUGACCGCCUGCACACAGACUUCAUUUAUAACUACUUCACAACGCUUCGCAUUGUGGGCAAGGGUGUAUCAGUCAUCGACGACAGCCUGUUAAAGUUCUCAAAGCUGGAGGAAUUGGUGCUAAGCAACAACAAAAUCUCAGAAAUCCCUCCAGAAAACCUUCCCAUCUCUUUGAAGAUGUUGGAGCUUCGUGCCAACCGGUUGUCGGCUCUAAACAGCCUCACCAGCGGCCGGCCUCCCCGCCUCCAGUACCUCGGCCUCGGCUCCAACAGCCUGGGUUCACAUGACGACACCCGUCAUCUUACUGGAAGACACUGGCCACAGCUGGUGUGUCUGGACCUGAGUGACUGUGAGUUUAAGGACCAGCAGGCCCUGCUGAGCGCCCUGAGCACGCUCACCUGCCUCCGGACACUGGUGCUGGAGGGAAACCCAUUCACUCUGGCUCCCUCCUACCCGGGCUUCACUGUGGACAGUCUCCCUCAGCUCUCUUGCCUGGACACCUCAUGGAUCUCCGCUGACGAAAGGCAGUGUUUUAGGGGCUUGGCCAAGAACACCGAUCUGAUAGUGGACCGGGCCUCAGCCACAGUUAGUGUGGGCAGCGUGAAGGGAAUCCCAAACCCAUUGAUGAGAGUGGAUGGAAAUGCUGAAAAUGCUCCUGUUGUCAACUACGGCUAUUUCAUCACAUACGAGUUCCUCAGCCAUCAAACUGUUAACUUGAACUUAGACAGGAAGUCUAAAUCGGAGGCUGAUGAUGUUAGAAGAGAAUCAUCCGAACCAGACACACAAGACUCAAUGGUGUAUCCUGAGGAAACCUGCCAUGAUAUAGCACAUGUGUCAGGACACAGCACAUCAAAGCUGACGUGGUCAGAGUGCAUGGACUUCAGUCACACACAAACCUACAUUGUUAGCGAUCUGGGAGGCUUAAAGAGAUUCUUCAAUCGAGGACUUUAUCUUACAAUAGAGGAGGAAAAGGUCCUGUCAUGGCCUGCAGCCUCUGAAGAUGUCCCUGUGGCCAAUCCCAGCCGACCGGUAAAAGAGAAGAAAAGCGUGAAAGGGAAAGAAUCUCCAAUCAAAUCUGGAUCCACCAAAGACAAGUCUACAGACAAAAAGAAGAAACCUGUUCCACAGCUGGUCCAGGAUGCGCCCAUCAGAAGAAUACUACAGUCUGUCCACGUCCCCCUGCAAAGCCUGCUCACAGGAGCACAACAGAUUGAUGUCCUCUGUGACCUUGGGGCUCUGCACACCGAGUCCGGGGUGGAAGCUUCACAAACACUUGAAAAGGAUCUGGGGAAGAAAAUCAAAGAAGACAUGAAGAAGGACAAGGAAUCAAAGCAGAGAGGAGGCAGCGGCACUAAACCGAAGAAUAUAGCAGCUUCAAAAGGCAAAGGAAAAGGAGGGCAGGAAUCCAAGAUGGACUUCCACACAAACAAAUCCACGGCCGUAAAACUGGAACCGGUGACUGUGGAGUUGAAUGUGAAGCUGGAGAAAUGGCAGUCUGCAUCUCAAGCUCAUCAACUUCUGCUCCCACAACAAAACUCCUGAAGCAGGCAGCCUGUGGUGUCCUAAAGCCAGACGAGCAGCUACACCAGGUUUACUUCCUUUGUCAGUUGAUCCAGUUUACACCAGGAACCGUAUUCCUCCAACUAGUCCUGGCCAGGCUGGUUUACGAGACGGCGUCAUCUCAAGCGUUGCAAUCAACUCACCAGGAAAAUAAAAUAAAUGUUUCCAUGUUCCCUCAUUACCGGUGAUGGCAAAUAUAUCUCGGAGAUGAAUAUUUUAUAUUUGUUUUAGCCAUAUUGAAGCUAUUAUAUCUCCUUUACCAAUGUAGUAGCAGAGAGCAACUGAAUGACAGCCGUAGCUUUUGAA